UGUAUACUCCGCUCUCCUGACUUCUCGGCUCAUUCUCUAGAAGAUGGCGGACUGCGCUUCAUUGCUAGAUGAGGAACUCUCUUCCUUUGUCUUCAAUUACCUGACAGAAAACUCCGGGAGCCAGUAUGGGGAGGAGGAGGUCAGUUCUGACCGCCUGGAUGCAGACUUCCCUGACAUCGACCUCUCUCAGCUGGACGCCAGCGAUUUCGAUUCCGUCAACUGUCUCAGCGAGCUCCACUGGUGCAAUGACCAAUCAGACGCCUCCCCUGCCUCCAUCCAGUACAGCACAGGAGACCCUGAGUUCUUUGAGAUAGAAGAGGAGGAAAAUGCAGCGCUGCUGGCUGCGCUCACAGACAGCCUGGACGGCAUGGUGGAGGACGAGGUGGGGGGGCUGUCUGUGUUCCCCUCGCUGGGGGAUGGGCCUGAUGAGUAUGAGGAUGAGGAGGAGGAUGAUGAUGAGGAGGAGGAGGAGGACCACCUCCCCCUGGGAAGUGAGCCCUUCCCAGUGUCCCUCAGUCCAGAGACAGAAGACCCGUCUCUACUAAAAAAGCUCCUGCUUUCCCCCCCGAACGUGCCUGCGGGCAUUGAAACGCACAAAGAAGCUGGCACGCAUCGCCAUAGCAACAGGAGCCAGUACCUUAAGCCACUGAGACCUUUGGUUAAGUGUGACCGCACACAGGAGCGCAAGCCCCGCGCGUUCAGACCGGCAGGACGCCUGUGCACAGAGCUACACCGUCACCUGACCACCGCGGCGGAGGCCGAGGACACGCCCUCAAAUGACACCGAGGACGAGAGCGACUCCUCGGAGGAGGAGGAAGAGGACGACGAAGAGGAAGAAGGGGAUGAAUCGGGCAGCGAGGACGAGAGCUCAGAGCCGGCGGAGGUGACGGUGCCCGGCGAGCCUCAGUUCUCCUCAGAGAAGGAGCUGCGCUCGGUGGUGGAGCUCAUCACAUACAUGCACACUUACUGCCUGCCGAUCCGCAAGCAGACCGCCUCUGAGCGCAGGGAUCGCGAGUGCCAGGGCCUCGCCCGGCGGGCCCCGCCCGCCCGGCCCGCCCCUGUCUGCCACAGACCCGCUCCUCAGACCAAUGCCGCCCCUCCCCGCCCCCGGCCAGCCUUUGUGCGCAGACGCGAGGUCAAAGGUCGCUCUCUCCUCCGGGAGUUGCUGGAAACGGUCGACUCAUUUGAUGUCAGCAAGCCUUACAGGCUCCACAGCCCCCCCUAUUCCCACUGCCGGGGAGCGGGCGGGGCCAAGGCGGGGCAGGACAGGAAGGGGGUGGAGCCAGUGCCCCACCCAGGCAAACCAGAGCUCAAAGACGUGCGUCUCAUGAGCCCUCGGGACGAUGAAUCCCCGGGCCCCCCCGACGGACCCAAAACGGCCAAAGAGGCGGAGGCGGGGGACACAACCUUUUCGGUACGCCGGUCUCGUAGGCUGGCGUCCUUCCCCAGCCGAUUCGCCAAGAAGGGGAGGGCAAGGGCAGACUCUGUCUCCUGGCGACAUGGUGCGGAGGUGGAGACCGCCAGGCACUACCCUGCAGAGGAGGCAGGCCACAGCAGAACGUCCUGCAAGACUGACGACCAGAAGACUGCAGCGACCGAGACGGUUUUCACCCUGAACGAGAAACGUGCCUGCCUCUGUCUGCCGCUGGCUCCCAAAUCAACAGGAGACACACAGUUUGCCAACAAGGCCUUUGAGCAGACGCUCAGCGUGGAGCUGUGUGGCACAGCAGGGCUGACUCCUCCCACAACCCCCCCACACAAGCCCGCCGAGGACGAGCUCUUCAAGCCAGAGGGAAAGGGGGAGCCUCCCCCCAAGGGUUUCUGGUCGUCUCGCGCACCCUCCCGGAAACUUCCGGAGCAGACGGAACUAUACGCCCAGCUGCGCAGGAUGGGCCAGGCAAGCGAGAGGGGGAUGGCGGCUCACCGGGCAUUCGGGGACCACGACUACUGCCUGCAGGGCCUGGGGGAGAGCCGCAAGCGGCCCAGACCCUCCUGUGGGGAAGAGGAGGUGACACAGGAGGAGGAGGAGGAGGGUGACUGGGCGGCCGGCCGGCUGAGUGAGGAGAAGCUCUUCUCCAAACUCCCGGAUUAUCUGUGCGGGCAGCGGAGGGCCAUGGAGCCGCAGAGGACGGCCUCCCCCCGGUCGGCGUCGCCCCAAGCCUUAUCACCCCGCAACGCGGAGGAGAGCGCAGAGUGCUCCUCGCGGCCCUCCUCCCCCUGCGCCUCCUGCUGUCUGCCCCGUUCCUCCAACAGCAAGCUGAAUUUUAGCUGUGAGAACUUGGGGACCUGCUUUGGAGACAAGCUAAGGAGUAAAGCUAACGAGGACUGCCGAGUGUUCUACAUCCACAACCUGCCGGGCGGCAUCACGCAGGCGAUGCUGCGCAGGCGCUUCGAGGCCUUCGGUGAGCCCGACGACUGCAAAAUCAUCACUAAAAACAACGAGCGCUGUGGCGUCAUCACCUUCCUGGGGCCCCCUAGUGGCCAGGGGCAGCGACGCAGACGGGACCUGCCCCUUCAGAAUGCCCGAAACAGCCCACGGAGGUUCUGCAGAAAACGCUACAUAGACCUGGAUGAGGCGGGUCCGGGCCCCGUAAAGAGCAAGUACGAUGCCCUGGAUUUUGACACCCUCCUGAAGGAGGCCCAGAGGAGCCUGCAUCGCUGAUGCGCCUCAUGGCCCCAGCCUCUGUACCUCAACCAAGGCACCUCUCUUACUGUUUACAUUUUUAACAUUGGAAUAAGAAACAGACCUUGUCUCUUUCAACUGAGGAUUUGAGGAGGGGGAGGGUUCCAGAACAACGAUGACAAAAAAAAAAGACAACACACAAAAAAGAAAUCAAGAAACAAAAAGAAAAAAUGCACUCUGAACACAGAAGCUGCUUCCCUGUGUGUGUUUGACAUCAUUGCCCUGCUAAGGGAGGGUGGGGCUACGUAGCAAACCUUGCUCCUCCCGCUGGCUGUUGUGAUGUGUGUGUGUGUGUUUGUGUGAGUGAGUGUGUGUGCGUGUCUUUUUGUACCCCUUGGUAACUACUGGUGGAGCUGCAAGCCACGUUCGCCAUUUAGUCGUAUAGUACGUGACAAAAAUUUAAAAAACAAAAACGGCUUUAUCAUAGCAAAUUGUGGAUGUAAAUCUGUGUGUGCUGAAAAUGAGAAAAGAUAAAAACGAACAAAAAAAAAUUAAUGACAACUUAGUUUACAAGUUUAAAAGGAAUAAAAUCUUGUAAUUUUAGUGCUUCCUUGAUUUCAUCUAUGCACUUGUAACGAGGUAACGGUCUUUAUUGGUUCCACCUGUGAAGGGUGUACAAUCGGCUCUGCUGCUGGCUGCUGGCUGCUGGGGCAGGUGAUACCCAGGACCAAAGUCCUCCCAUGUAGUCUCAAUGAGCAAUUCUGGAUUCUGGGAGCACUACAAUUCAAUCUGGAUUAAACCUGUACACACUGCAUUUUAAAGCAGUGUGUUAUUAUUAUUGUUGUUGUUGUUAUUAUUAUUCACAACUAUUUAUAACAAUAACAACAACAAUAAUAAUAAUGCAAAGAAGAGUAAUAGAAACAUAUUUAAACAGGAUAAUUCAGGAUCUCAGGCUCGUCACUACAGUAACAUGGCAUUCUUCCCAUCUGGUUAUUUAAAAAAAAAAAAAACCUGCAUACCUUGGUUGAUUGGAAUGUUACAUUAUUCUGAAUGUAGAGUCCCUGCAUUUGGUUAUCUCCCAGAAUUCAUUGCCCUGCUGAAGAUCCAUUUCCUCGAACACAUCCAGCAGCACAGCCCAGGGGUGGAGCCUCCACAGCCCUUUUACAGUGGUACUACUUUCUCUUCUGAUUCGGCUGACUUAAGAGGACACACCGCAUCCCAGAGAUGACUGCGGGUGGUGGUAAACUUGGAAUGCUAGACUGUUUCCAGAGCUUUUGAGUCUAGAAUGCCCUCUAUUAGGAACCGGAGCGGUAUCUCUACCUCGUUUACAGCCUCUCUCUCUCGAUCUCUUUCUCAUUUCUAAGCUCUCUUCUUGAUGGGUGAAAGUCAACUUUUUUUUGUCUACUCAGAAGCACUUUCCUCGUGGCUAAAAUCUUAACUGUGUCCGUUGUCUGUUUUUUGACUCUCGACCUUAUAACCAGGUGUAUCCAAGUGUUGUCUGUGUCUUGUGGUGUGUCGGGGUGCUGCUGUUGCUAGGGAACCAGGGGAACUUGAGUCCUGUAUCGUGGUGGGAGAGAAAGCAUUUUCCCUCCCCCUCCCCUUUCUAUAUUUGUUGUUUUGUUUGUUUUUCUCUUCAUGGACCCGUCCCUGUGAACCCCCCCCCCCCCCCCCAAUUGCUCCUCAGUUCUGCACAGUCCAGCCCUGCUUGUGGGGCCAUUUUAAACAGCCAGCGUAUCGGACUGACUCACCCUGUCUUCUCCCCUUUCCAGUUUCCUCUACAGAAAUACAUACACAAAAUUGAAUGUUUACAUCAAUGGAUUCUCCUUCUACUUUACUAGAACGCACACUAAGUACAAAGACGCCUUAUUCAGUGUUAGGAGUACCCUAUCAGGAUGUGCCUUCCUGGCUUCCCCUAGUAGGAUACUAAACUAAACUAGACUAAAAGCAAAACACAAAUAUUUAGUGUUAUACAUACUGUAAAUGAACGGAUGAGUGGUAUCAUCUAAAUCAAUAUGGAUCACAUACGGGGCUGAAUGAGUACUUGUGCUUAGUAUGUAUACUACUAAAUAGUGAGAGAAUGUGCUGGUUUACAUGACUUAAUCUUGUUGUAAUGGCUUAUAUAUGUAGUAUGUAUAUAGAACUAUGCCAAGAGUAAACAUGAAGUGUAUCAUGCUCUACAUCGAUUUGUAGAUUUAAGCUUGUUAAGGUGAUGGAUCAGGGUUGUAUUAAUCAAAGAGAACAGAAAGGAAUCAUUUUUGGAAUUACAAGGGGAAAAUGUUCUAUACAGAGAAUAACUGAAGGGAAUAAUUUGAAUAGGCUUCACAAGUCGAACACUGGUGUUAAAUAAAAAAUUAACCCUUUACAAAUGUUAGAUUAUUUCUUUUUAUGAGUUUAUAUUUUUAGAAAGAGAUUUCUUUUCUUUUUUUUAAGCAAUCAAAAUGCAAUACACUAUGUAUCUAAAGAAGGCCUUUCAUGCGGGCGGAAGGUUUUAUUUGAGAAGAUUAAAAACAGAUCUUGUACUGUAAGUUAUAGACUGCUGUAGAUACAGAAGAACAUUUAAAUAAAAUGGGGUCAUGCCAUAUAGUUCACACCUCAAAACAAAGUUAAAAAAAAACUAAAAACUAAAAAUAUUUAACACCUCUUCUAAAGAGUGGAAAAUACUUUUUUUUUAAUGAUUUCAGUCACAGUAAAUUAUUGCCACUUGUGAUGGUGUAGAAGUUUAAGUUGAUUCCUUUUGGCUUCAUUUUUAAUGGAUGCUGGUAUCUUGUGUGGUCUCUUGAGGGCUUAAACACCUUUCUAUCGAGCUGAAGAAAACGGUCCUUGUGCUUUUUGCCUGAAGGUCUGGCUAGAGUGGUUAUGAAGUUCCAUCAGGAAACUUGAGAAUAAAAAGGACAGAUGGAGAAUCUCUCAAAGAAAGCCUUAAUAAUAAUAGGGAAAAAGAAAGCUAUCACUAGCUUUUAUUGGUACAGUUUAAUCUUUAAAACCGUAUGUUUUAUUAAUUACUGAAAUAAUUAUACUUUUUCAAUACAGCCAUAUUAUAAACAGUAUAUACAUAUAUAUAUAAAUAUAUAUAUUUGUGUGUGUGUAGAUAGAUAUAGAUGAAUAUAUAAUUUCUUAUAGAAAACUUUGAUGUUGACCAUUUUCUUCAGUGUUUUAGAGAACUUAAACACAUUUAAAUAAUUACCAUCGAUCUGCAGAGCGUAGGUCAAUAAAGAAUCCAAAUCUAAACACUUCCAAAGGGAACCCUCCUCAAAUGCAAAUUGUCUCUCCACUUUUCACUUCACAAAUUGCAACAAACAAACUUGAGACAAGCUGACCAAAAACACCCUUUGAUCUUGGCACUGAAUACAAGUGCCACAUCAAUCUAUUUGUGAGCAUUGCAAUCAAACUGAUUGACCCUCAUUUUAUUUUUGUAAUUAUUACAACGGAAUAUUCAUAAUCACCUGAAAUAAAAUAUUAUUUUUAAGUAUUUCCCCUGUGGACAUGUGGAAGGUCUUGCAAUAUUGGAAUGGCAAUUUUAUCCCAUUCCCUGCUAAUCAGAGCUUUCCGAAUGUGAAUUGCGUAAAUGUCUGUGCUACCCUGAAGCAUGUAACAAACACUUUCUCACACAAUGGGGUACAUUUCCCGUUAUCAUGUCUACCGCACCCUUGUCUUUGCAUUAUCUUUGAAACCCCCUAUCUGCUAGAGACUGCCAUGGUCUUGGAUACAGCUACUUAAAGACCUACAAAAAAGUCUUUAAAGUCUUUAGUUUAAACAAAAUCAACGAAGGGCGUAUAUUGUUUUUCCACUUUUAUCUUCUUUUUUGUCGAUUUACAUCUAAUGACUAUCAAAUUCACAACCUGAUUUUCCUUUUUUAACUUUUUUUGGUAUACUGUAUUUAGUUAGUAAAAUUUUAUAUUUUUACAUAAGUUGGUUUUAUUUGGUUUUAUUUUUUUAUUUAUAUGCCACUUAGCUUGGAUGUCUUUUAAUGGUGUUCCUUCUCUGUAUCGUGUGAUUUCAUAUGUCUUGAGAUUGUGGAGACAAAAUGCAUUUCAGUAUUUUUGAAUUGUUAAAAUCUAGUUUCAUAGAUAAUUUUACCAAAAUAGCUGAAAUUAUCUGAUGUUAUAAAUUAUAUUUUAAUUCGUGUAAAUACUUUAAAAAAGAGAACUAUGGCUUCCUUUUAAACUGAAUACAUUUCUCUCAAGAGAUUGUUUACAUUAUUAAACUGUAGAAAUGUUCCUCAUAUACUGUAAAAAGUACAUAUAUUCAUUGAUUUGCCUCCAAAAAAAUAAAAAUCCUAAUGAACAA